CUUCUUUUUUUAUAACCACUUCUGUUUUCAAUGUUUAUGUUUUGAUGUAAUAUUUUGUGUGUGCAGUAAGUUUUUGUGAUAUUCGAGUUUUGAUUUUUGUGAACCCGGCACAAGCUAAGAAUCCGUUCAGGAGCAUACGCCGGAAAACAAACCUCAUUCCUUCCUUCCUGUGCAAUUUCAAAGUUGCUGUGUGAAGAAACUAGGUCAAUGCUGUGAUUGUAAUAUCUGUGCCCUGAUAAGAAGAGUGGCUGCAGAGUCAUCACAUCUUUCCAAAAGAGAGGGACAGCAACAAGAAAGUGAUUAGGAAUCUAGAAUCUGGAAAGAGAAAAGAACAAUUCCUUACAUAUGCUUGAAAUUUUGGAUUUAUUCAGUAUCCUCAGUAUCCCUACCUUUUUUUGUUUUUUUUGUUUAUACAUUUUUGUGAAUAUUUUAAUUUUCAUACAUAAAAUAGAAAUUUUGUGCUUCCAAUUCAAAUAGUAAAAUAUAUUUACUGCAAACAAAUUUGGAAACUCGUCUUUUGAAUUAAAUAUAAAAUUAACCUAUAUUUAUAUAGCAUUUUAUUAUUAUUAUGCAUGUAUUAACUUAAACCGUUGACAUUUUUUUAAAAAAUUAAAAUUGAAGAGAAGUUUUCUGUUUUUGUCUUAUGAGCAAGUUUUUUCAAAGGAAAUAGUUUUGAAACAGCAUUUUCUUAUUGCUUACAUGAUGCAAAAGCCAUGUUUUUAUGUUAAUUGUGGCCGAAUGGUUUCUCAGCUAGAAAUUAUAAAGGUAAACUUGCAUACAAAAGAGAAGCCUAAUGCGUCUAAAAUUUGCGGGGAAACUUGUUCUCAUUUGUCAAAUUUAAUGUCGCCUUUAGAAAAUGACACAAAGAAAAAAUCAUAUCGGUGCGAGAUUUGCUGUAAAACACCUUCUCAGCAGUCUCCAGUAAUUGAACAUAUUGAGACUCAAGAAAAAAAGAAAACGUUUACAUGUGAAAUGUGCAAGAGGGCAUUUGCUACAAGGUUGCACCUAAGAAGUCAUAUUUAUCUGCAUACUAAUGAGAGACCUUUUGCAUGUGAAGUGUGCCAUAAAACAUUUACUAGAAGGUCUACCUUAAGUGCACAUUCACGGAUUCAUAAGGAAGGAGAAAAAAAACAUGUAUGCAAUUUUUGUGCAAAGUCAUUUUAUAGGAACGUGGAUUUAAAGACACAUUUACGAGCUCAUACGAAAGAGAAACCGUACGAAUGUGAUAUAUGCUAUAAAGCAUUUUCUCAUAACUCAGCUUUCCAUGUACAUAUUCGGAGACAUAAGAACGAGAAACCUUUUGCAUGUGACAUUUGUUGUAAAACAUUUUAUACUAGCUCAGAGUUAAAGUCUCAUGUAAGAGGGCAUACAAGAGAGAAAACAUUUACUUGCAUUAUUUGUAAUAAAGUACUUUCUACGAGUUAUUUGCUAAAGAAACAUUUAGGAACACAUACGAAAGGGAAAACAUUUACUUGCAUUAUUUGUAAUAAAGUAUUUUCUAUGAAUUAUUUAUUAAAGAGACAUUUACGAACACAUGACAAACCAUAUGCAUGUGAUCUGUGUUGUAAAGAAUUUGCUACUAAUUACAGUUUAAACAGACAUAUGCUGACGCAUACGAAAGAGAGACCACAUGCAUGUCAUUUGUGUGAUAGAGCCUUUGUUGACCGUUGUACUUUAAAAAGACAUUUUAAGCGUCAUAUGAAAGAUAAACCGCACACAUGUGACGUGUGUCAUGAAGGGUUUGUUUACUUUUCAAAUUUAAAAGAACAUUUACGGACACAUAUGUAAGAAAGACUGUUUGCAUGUCAAUUAUGUAAUAAAGCCUUUUUUGACUGCUAGAAUUUAAAAAGACAUACUCUUGUAAUGAAUCCUUGAAUAAUCUUUUUGAAAACUCCUAUUUAAAGAAGAAUUUAUUUGCUGAUAUGAAAGAGAAAGAGUAGAUUUAUUCAUUUGCAAUAAAGUAUUUACUACUUUGCAGAAUUAUUUACAAAUACUGGCAUAUACAAAAGAAAGCCCUAUUCAUAUGAUAUUUAGAAUUCAUCAUUUUUUUUAACAUACCAGUUUACAUAAACAUUUGCAGAUGCAUAUGAAAGUUAAAUUGUUCGAAUGUAACAUUCAUAGUAAAAAUUUUCUUAUUCAUCAGGUUUUAAGUGAAAUCUGCUAACACAAAAUCUGAACUGUAAUACUUAAUGUUACCUAUAUAAAACUUUUUUUUUUCUUUUUUGCAAUUGUGUUUCAACAGAUAUUUAGUAUAACAAACUGACAAGAAGUAAACUAAAUAUGGUUUUGUGAAAUGUAUAGUUUAAGAUUUAAAAAAAUAUAUAAAUCAUGUAUAAAAGUUUUUUCUAUUAAAAAUGGAAUAUUUUAUUCAUGAAUUAUAUUGUGUUUCUCAUUGUGAUGUGCAAAUUAUUGUGAUAUGCCAGUUUCCAUUAUUCUGUUAUCAUGAAUUCAUUUUACUUCCUGUGAUGCCAGAUGUAUAAUAUGAAAUUUUUGCUUUUUCUUUUCACUGUUACUGUAUUUUUACAUAUUAAUUCUAUUAUAAUACUUUCACAAAUAUAUUGAAAAUAUAUCUUGUGGAAUAUACAUUUAAAUCGCUUUAAGAUUGCGAAAGAUUUAUAGGUUUAUAAAUAACAAAAUGAGAAGAAAUGUAGCAAUGUAAAUUUUACCUUUAUUGUACGUUCUAAUAAAUUAAAUGUGGCAUAUUGUGUUGAUGAAUUUCUUAAGGUUUGUUGCAGUUGAUUUCUAUUGUAGGGUAUGUAAAUGCAUGUUGUCAAGUUAAUUGUUGGGGGGCGGGGAGGCCUUUUAUUGGCAUUAAAACUUUCUCUAUAUAAUAUGUUAGAUAUUAAAAUAUUGUAAACAUUUGCAUUUUACUGCAGAAUAUUAUGGACGAAAAAGCUGUUUCCUAUUAACUAUUGUUUAUCUGGGCAUCACCUAUGGAAAUUUUUUGCUGUCUGGUGUUUUAACCCUUUUUAAUUUGUCUCCAUAUAUGUAAAGCAAAAAUAUUUGUCCUUGUCUCCCCCCUUCCACACACAAGAACUCCUCCAAAGGGCAUGCCAUUCUGGCUUUCCUAUCUAUGUCAGUUUCCAUAU